AUGAAGGCCAGCUUCUGGAGCCGCCCAGCUCGAUCCUCGCCGACCUCGCAGAACAUCCUUGGCCAGCUUGCCUAUGCCCACUGGACGCCUCGCAAUUCGUCUCUCGCAGCGGCCGACUCGAUGUUUGUCAAGGCUAACAAGGCGUUCAAGGCCAGCGACCCCCCCGGUCGCAAUGCCCUGUCCAAGCAGCUGUUCCCGUCCAGCAGCCCGAGUGCGUCGCCCGUGACGACCGAUAUUCGAGACCAGCUUAAGAAGGCCGGCACGGGCUCGGCUCUCAGCAGCGCUUCCGCAUCGUCGGCGAGGAUGACACCGUUUUCGAAACCUCUGCAGCAGCAGCAGCCAAUGGCCAGCUCCAGUGGUAGUGCCGCGGGCUCGCUGGCAUCUCUGUACGGCAAAUCAGACCCGUUCAAGGCCAGUCCUGAGACUAUUGACCUUACUGGACCCGAAAGCAACGAAAAGACAAAACAGCAUGUCUACUUCGGGGAAGACGACUUUAGCGAUGAUGAAGACCUCGAUCUCGACUUUAAGGCGCCGUCGGCGCUUCCCAAACUCCCAGACCCAAAGCCUCCAAUUGUAGAAGAGGACGAUUUCCCCCCUCCGCCGACUCAGCAGAUUGAUUGGUCCUCUUCUCCUAAAUCUCAUUACUUUCCCUCUAAAUCAUUGUCAACAGCUUCAUUGAAACGUGAUUCGUCUGGCGAGAGCGAUCUGACAGGACCCCCCAUUUCCAAGAAGAAGCGAGUCUUGCCGGCAAGCUUCCGCUCAGAACCUGAACUGAGCCAAGACCCAGGCCCGUUCGAUGUCCCUACAUACGCCCAACCCACAAAGCCAAAACGCAUAUGGGAAGCUUCCGCCGAAGCUAUCAAUGAACAAAAGAAACAGCUCAAGAUUCAACAAGCCGCUCGAGCGGAUUCCCAAGGCAUAGACGAGCAGCCGCUACAGUUCGGGAAAACCCACGAUGCCUCCAAAGUCGAAGCUAUCCAUCUGAGUAAGGAACAGGAACGUGUGCUCGACUUAGUGGUAAAUCAGGGCAAGAGCGUGUUUUUUACAGGCCCGGCUGGUACAGGAAAAUCAGUUCUGAUGAGAGCCAUCAUCACCCAACUGCGAGCCAAACACGCCCGAGAUCGCGAGCGAGUGGCUGUGACUGCCUCAACGGGCCUUGCCGCCUGUAACAUUGGAGGAAUUACGCUCCACAGCUUUUCAGGUAUUGGACUUGGAAAGGAAGAUGCGCCUACUCUUGUGAAAAAAAUCAGAAGAAAUCCUAAAGCCAAGACUAGAUGGCUUCGUACAAAGUGUCUCAUCAUUGACGAGAUUUCCAUGGUGGAUGGCGACUUGUUUGACAAGCUGUCGCAGAUUGGGAGAACAAUUCGAAGUAACGGCCGGCCGUGGGGCGGCAUUCAACUGGUUAUUACAGGCGAUUUUUUCCAGCUCCCGCCUGUUCCAGAGAAGGAUAAGAAGAGCGAAGCCAAGUUCGCUUUUGAUGCUGCUACUUGGACUACAUCAAUCGACCAUACGAUUGGACUCACACAAGUGUUCCGUCAGCGAGAUCCCGUUUUUGCCACCAUGUUAAAUGAGAUGCGACUCGGGCAGAUUAGCCAACAGACAGUGGACACCUUUAAAAAACUCUCGAGACCGCUUGAGUUCGACGAUGGCGUGGAAUCGGCUGAGCUCUUCCCUACACGAGCACAAGUUGAUGGAUCCAACGAAAGGCGGCUAAGGGAGCUGCCAGGACGACCGAACCGGUAUGACGCUAUUGAUUCAGGAGCGGUCGCCGUCGAGGUUCGAGACAAGCUGCUGCAAAACAUGAUGGCUCCAAAAUCUAUUGAGCUCAAAGUCAAUUCUCAGGUCAUGCUUAUCAAGAACCUUGAUGGAUCCCUGGUGAAUGGAUCCCUUGGCACGGUCAUUGGCUUCUCUGAUGAGAAGUCAUUUGACAUGUCGGACAUGACUGACUAUGAUGAUGGAGAGAACGAAGCAAUGGCAAAGGCACGAAAGAAGUUAAAAGCCUUUAGCCGUGAGCCCGAACCAGACGGGUCUGGCAUGAAAUUCCCCGUUGUCCGGUUCAUUUCAACAGAUGGCGUGGCACGAGUAAUUCUCUGCCAGCCAGAAGAGUGGAAGGUAGAGCUUCCUAAUGGCGAAGUCCAAGCCAAGCGAGUCCAGAUUCCUUUGAUCCUCGCAUGGGCGCUCUCCAUUCACAAAGCCCAAGGACAGACGCUGGAGCGAGUCACUGUCAAUCUGGGUAAAGUCUUUGAGAAGGGACAAGCGUAUGUUGCACUGAGCCGUGCUACAAGCCAAGCGGGACUACGAGUUUUGGGCUUUGACAAGAACAAAGUCAUGGCCCACCCCCGGGUCAUUGUGUUUUACAGGCAGCUCUACAGUGCCGAAGAGGCUGCGUCAAGAAGGCCCAAUUCUUUAACGGAUUUCAUGGCCAAUAGAAAAGGCGCCACGAGUGCUUCCGCUUGA